AUGGACAGGCAAGGGAUGUUGGGAAUGGGAACUGAAGUUCAGUCAAAGAUGUAUCUACCAGGAUAUUAUUCCGUACAGAAACUAAGUGGCAAUGUUGGCCAUGGUAGCUGGUCCCUACUCCAUGAGAACAAAAACUUGAAGAAUGGGCAAGAAUAUGAAUUAUUCUUGACAAGGCCGAUUAUGGAUGGAUUUCAUGGAUGCGAUAAGGAACAAAUGAGGCAAACUAUACUGAAGCAUGAGUCAGUAUUCAGGCAUCAGGUGUAUAUUCUAGAACCUAAAUCUGUUGAGCUCUAA